GCCAUGUCCAAGAACACAGAGCCACAGACACACAGCAAUCCUCCUUUCUUCUCCUCUCCUCUCCUCUCUCCUCUCUUAGUAUCCAGCAGGCAGCGCUGUCCGCAGGCCAAUGGGCUGGAGAACCUGGCACCUUUGGUGAGUUCUGUGGAGGAAACUCCUGAUCCCAUCCCCACCACCAUCAAGGGAACUAUUCCAGCCUGGAUCAAUGGGAGCUUCCUGAGGAAUGGUCCUGGGAAGUUUGAAUUUGGGAAAGACAGAUACACCCACUGGUUUGACGGCAUGGCCAUGAUGCACCGGUUCCACAUCUGCAAUGGCAAUGUCACUUACAGUAGUCGAUUCCUGCAAAGUGACUCAUAUGUCCGCAACUCAGAGAAGAACCGCAUUGUUGUUUCAGAGUUCGGGACAUUAGCCAUGCCUGAUCCCUGCAAGAACAUCUUUGCACGCUUCUUUUCACGCUUUCAGAUUCCUAAGGCCACAGAUAACGCCAGUGUAAACUUUGUCAAGUACAAGGGAGACUAUUAUGUCAGCACGGAAACCAACUACAUGAGAAGAGUGGAUCCACAGAGCCUGGAGACAAAGGAGAAGGUGGACUGGAGUCAAUACAUUGCUGUCAACUCGGCUACAGCUCACCCACACUAUGACCGCGAGGGGGCCACGUACAACAUGGGCAACUCCUACGGCAAAAGUGGUUUCUUCUACAACAUAAUCCGUGUACCUCCUCCUGAGGAGAAGGCAGAAGCACAGGAUUCUGCAGACCUGAAUGGAGCUAAAGUGAUCUGCUCCAUCCGUGCAGCUGAACCCAGGAAACCUUCCUAUUAUCACAGCUUUGUCAUGUCGGAGAACUACAUUGUGUUCAUUGAGCAACCACUCAAGCUGGACCUGCUGAAGUUCAUGCUGUACAGAAUCCAGGGAAAGAGCUUUCAUAAAAUCAUGACCUGGGAGCCUCAGAAUGAAACCAUCUUCCACUUGGUCAAUAGGCACACCGGCAAGGAGAGUGAGGUGAGGUACCGUGCAGCACCCAUGUUCACACUGCAUCAGAUCAAUGCUUUUGAAGACAAUGGGUUCUUGGUUAUGGACAUGUGCUGUGGGGACGACGGUGAGGUCAUUGGAGACUUCACACUGGAGAACAUCCGCAGAGGCUUGGGAGAGGAAAUGGACAAGUUUUACAACUCGUUGUGCAGAAACCUCCCAAGGAGAUACGUCCUACCCCUGAAUGUGGAUGAACAAACUCCUUUGGACCAAAACCUUGUCACUCUGCAUAACUAUAAAGCCACUGCAAAGAAGACAAAACCACGAGAGGUUUACAUGACCCAUGAGGAACUUCACGACGACGAGCUGCUGCAGUACGGUGGCCUUGAGUUCCCUCAGAUCAACUACGACCAGUACAAUGGAAGACCUUACCGCUACUUCUACUCCUGUGGCUUUGGACAUGUCUUCAGUGACUCCCUGCUCAAGAUGGAUGUCCACACCAAGGAGCUUAAGGUGUGGCGUUACCCUGGCUUGUACCCGUCUGAGCCUGUCUUUGUUGCUUCGCCCAAAGCUACUGAGGAAGAUGACGGAGUGGUCUUGUCAGUCAUCAUCACACCCAGGGAAGAGAAAAGUACUUUCCUGCUUGUUCUGGAUGCCAAGACCUUCACUGAGCUGGGCAGAGCAGAGGUCCCUGUCAAUAUCCCAUACGGGACACAUGGUGUGUUUAACGAGAUGGGCUAGAUGUGCCUCUGAUUGCAGCUCUGUGGCAAAUUGCUGAAAUCGAACCAGCAACCAGCUACAGAAAAGUUAUCUCUGUUAAUGUCAUUGCCUGUAAAAUUCCUGAACAGUAAAAGAAAGAAGAAAAGAAAGAAGAGCUGCAUAAAAACUGCAGACUCAUGUUAUAUGUUUGUGCCUCCUUGAUAAGAAUAGGUACAUGUCCUCUCUGUGUGCUGCCAUUAUAGUCAGAAAGAUGACAAUCCCAAAGACAGAAAACCCAGCAUGGCAUCAGCACACUGAUAAAGUUUGUCCUCUGUGUGUUCUUAUGUGCUCUUGAAAGAUUUUGAAACAGCCUUUAGACAACAGCAAUGUGGAUGUUGCUUACUUGGAAGGACUAAUAAUUCAUGUGGAAAACAUUUUGAAUAAAAAAAACCCAACAACAUGAAAGGCAAUACUCACAUUAAAAUAAAAUCCAUUUCCCCUUU